CGCACCGGGCUCGCCGGAGCCCCCGGGUUCCGUGGCGCACGGGGCUCCGCCGCUGGUCGGUCGGUCCCCUCAGCUUCUUUGAGCUGCUCGACUCCGCAGCUAGAGCGUCCUCGCUCUCGUCCAGCUAGCAGAGGAUUCCCUAAUGCUGGAGGGUCACGGGCUACGGGAUGCCGGUACUCUUCUCCCAGCGGCCACUGCCUAUGUCCUAAAUCGCCUUUUCGGUUUCAUCCUCUCUAUUGUAAAUCCCGGCUAAAGUGCAAGCUCUUUAAGGACGGGGACCGUUGACGCUUCUGUCUGUAUCCCUCCCUCUUAGCCCGGUAGUUGGCACUUAAUUAAUAGCUUGUUGGUUGAUUAAUAAAUCAGAGUUUCCCGGAAAACGACCAGCACCAAAUUAAAACUGAAUUAUCUAAUCGAGAACGUUAGAGGUCAGCCGAGUGGACAUCCUGAAGGAGGCGGUAGAUAGUAUCAAAUGCCCGCUGCAGAUAACAUACUACUUUUUUAAAAAUGGCUCCUGAUGUCCAAAUGCCAGCCCCAGUGUGUCUGAUUGAGAACAUAAAAGGAAGACUGAUAGUGAAUCAGCAAUCACUGAAGAUUCUUUCUUCAAUACCUGAGCCUAUGGUGAUAGUGGCUAUUGUGGGUCUGUAUCGCACUGGCAAAUCCUACCUGAUGAAUAAACUGGCAAGGCAAAAAUCAGGCUUCUCCCUUGGAUCCACAGUACAGUCUCACACCAAAGGCAUCUGGAUGUGGUGUAUUCCUCAUCCCAAGAAGCCAAAGCACACCCUCGUUCUCCUGGACACUGAGGGGCUGGGUGAUGUAGAGAAGGGUGACAAUAAGAAUGACAUAUGGAUUUUUUCCCUGGCUGUGCUACUGAGCAGCACCUUUGUCUUUAACAGCAUGGGUACUAUCAACCAGCAGGCCAUGGACCAGCUACAUUUUGUUACUGAGCUGGCACACAGAAUCAAGAGCAAAUCUGACCACACCUGUGAUGAGAUAGAAAACUCCUCAGAAUUUGUGAGCUUCUUUCCGGACUUUGUGUGGACCGUGCGUGAUUUCACUUUGGAGUUGGAAGCUGAUGGGAAACCUAUUACAUCUGAUGAAUACUUGGACAUCGCACUGAAGCCUAAGAAAGGUAAACCUGAGGAAGUUAAAAUGUUCAACCUACCUCGUCAGUGUAUCCGCCAGUUCUUCCCCAAGAAGAAAUGCUUUAUCUUUGACCGACCCGCACACCGAAAGCAGCUUACCCAGCUGGAGAAACUUCAUGACAAUGAACUGGAUCCUGAAUUUGUGGAACAAGUUGAAAGCUUCUGCUCCUACAUUUUCAGUAACUCCAAUGUGAAAACUCUCCAGGGGGGCAUCACAGUCAAUGGACCCCGUCUAGAGAACCUGGUCCUGACCUAUGUGAAGGCCAUCACCAGCGGAGAUAUGCCCUGUAUGGAAAAUGCAAUCCUGGCACUGGCUCAAAUAGAGAACUCAGCUGCAGUAAAAAAGGCUCUUACAUACUAUGAAGAGACAAUGAAAAAAAGAGUCGAGUUCCCCACAGAAACCCUUCAGGAGUUGUUGGGUAUACAUACAACCUGUGAGAAAGAAGCCAUUGAAAUUUUCAUGAAGUAUUCUUUCAAGGAUGUGGACCAGAAAUUCCAGAGGGAAUUGGCGAGCCAGCUAGAUGCCAAGCGAGAUGCCUUUUGUGAUCAGAACCUGGAUGAGUCUGCACAGCGGUGCAGAGCUUUGAUUAAGGAUAUUUUCAGUCCUCUGGAGGAAGAAGUGAAGAAAGGUACCUUUUCUAAACCAGGAGGCUAUGGUCACUUUCUGAAGGAGAUCAAGGAGCUGAAACAGAUGUAUUAUCAACAGCCCAGGAAGGGGAUACAGGCUGAGGUGACUCUCCAGGAAUACCUGAAGUCCAAGGAAGAUGUAAAUGAUGCAAUACUGCAGGCAGAUCAGUCACUCUCGACAAAGGAAAAGGAUAUUGAAGUGGAGCGAAUAAAAUCUCAGGCUGCAGAGGCUGCUGCAAAGCAUGUGGAGGAAAUGCAAAAGAAAAACGAGGAGAUGAUGAAGCAACAGGAAAAAAGCUACCAGGAACAUAUAAAGCAAAUGACUGAAAAGAUGGACGCAGAAAGGAAGCAGUUGAUAGCAGAGCAAGAGAAGGCCCUGGCUCUGAAACUCCAGGAACAGAGACUAUUACUAAAAGAAGGAUUCCAAAGUGAAACUCGACAGCUUCAAAGCCAAAUCAGGAAUCUGGAAAACAAACUGAAUCAGAAGAGUUCAUCGCCCUGUGUCAUAAGCUGAAAACUUAAGCCUUCUCCCUCUUAUUCACCUUCAAUAAAACUUGCAGAGGACUCAGGAUCCCUACAGUUUGUGGGACAUUUGUGACAGCUAUCAGAAAUACAAGGCUUUUACAAUAUUGCAGGUAGAAUUUAGUUUUCUGUCCAAUUUGAAAAACCUAAUGAUUUUCCCCAAAGACCUGUCAUGAUUUUAAAACAGGAAGAAAAUUUGUGAUUAUUGCUUUGUAUUUGAUUCCUAUAGAAACU